GGCGGGGGCCGGGCGGCGGGGAGGCGGCCGAGGCGCGGGGACGGCGCCGGGAGGCGGGAGCAGUCCCGCUGCAGCUGCGGCCGCGCAAGGAGGCGGUCUGGGCUCGGCUCCGCGGGGCCCCAGGCGCGGCCAGCGACGGGUCCCUACCUACGCAGACUUCGCGUCAACGAAUAAGCUGAGUACGCUCAACGAGAAGAGAAGCAGAGACAAAGUCAUCAUGGCUUCGGUGUCUACUCAUGGAAAUCAAGAUAAAGGCCCCCAUUUGCCACCACCAAGCAAGCAGGAGGCAACUGGGUCUCAAGGACACCAGGCAGGCAAAGGGAGUGAGGAGCAUUGCGGGCAGGAUGAGCCGCGUGGACGGAAGCUGGGGAGUCUAUUAUUUUGUCCAAAAUCAAAACUGCACAUCCACAGAGGAGAGAUUUCAAAGAUUAUCCGAGAGUGUCAAGAAGAAAGCUUCUGGAAGAGAGCUCUGCCUUUUUCUCUUGUGAGCAUGCUCGCCACCCAAGGACUAGUCCACCACGGUUAUUUAGCAUCUAAUCCAAGAUUUGGAUCAUUGCCCAAAGUUGCACUUGCGGGUAUCUUGGGAUUUGCCCUUGGAAAGGCAUCAUACAUACGAGUGUGCCAGAGUAAAUUCCAUUCCGUCGAAGAUCAGCUCCGUGGGGCUGGUUUUGGUCCAGGGCAUAACAGGCACUGCCUGCUUACCUGUGAGGAGUGCAAAAUCAAGCACGGAUUACAUGAGAAGGGAAGCUCUCAGCCUUCAGCUUCUUAAACUUGUCUCUAUGGCUUUGGAAGUUCCUUAAACCUCUCUCUGAAUUUGUACACAUUUAGAGUUUCAAGUGUACUUUAAAAUAACAUAUGUAUAGUGGAACAGAAACAUUGUGCUUCUCUCUUUUUGACAUGCUUUCUGGGGAAGAUUCUCAAUUGAAGUGAGCAGUAUAUGUUUGCGAUUUGAGAACUUGUCGGGGGCAUUCACACACCAAAAAAGAAAUUACAUUGCAUUCCUUAACUUGAUUACAGCUGAGUAAAAGCGCUUCAAGUCUUCGCUGA